GUUACAUGGUAAUAUAUCGUACAAGAAAGGAGCCUUCACUGUAACACCACACAAACAUGAGUGGUAAAAAUUUAUACAUUUGAAAUUCUUAUUUACAUCAGAUCAAUAUAUAUAUUAGCUGUAGCUGAUAAGAACCAAGAAGUACGAGAUCCACGGCGCGGACCUCAUUAAUAGGUUGAACAACUUCUUAAAUAUCUCCAUUCCUUGCGCCCCAAUGCUCACUGUAAAAAUUUGGUAAAACAAUAAUGAUGGAGGAAACGACGAUAAUUGUCCCAAUGUGGCCUCCAUUUAAAGACUUACCUGAGGUCAAAUCUUUCAUCGGCGUUAUUUUCGCUGUAGCUGGCAAUAUUUUGAUAUCGGUAGCUUUGAAUAUUCAAAAAAGCGCUCAUAAUGAGCUACAAAGGCUCCAAAGGCUCCAAUUAAAUAACUUCAAUUCAGGUUCAGAUUUUUCGUCGCGUAGUUUACAUACUAAUAAUGACGAAUAUGAAGUUUUAUUAGAUCCAGAACAAUAUAGCGAAACAAACUAUCUUCGUUCUAAAGCAUGGUGGGCUGGGAUAUUUUUAAUGAUCAUUGGUGAAUUGGGAAAUUUUAUGGCUUAUGCAUUCGCACCAGCAUCGGUAGUAGCUCCUUUAGGAACAGUUGCUUUGAUCUCUAAUGUUAUUUUGGCUCCUAUCAUGCUAAAAGAAAGAUUUCGUAAGCAGGAUUUAAUGGGAAUCUUUAUUGCAAUAAUUGGAGCAGUGGUGGUUGUGGUCAAUUCAAAGUCAGACGAAGUUAAGCUUACGCCUGAAGCCAUAUGGACCGCUAUUAAAGAGACACAAUUCAUAAUUUAUUUUAUAAUCACGGUGACAUUGGCUAUUUUUUUAAUGUAUUUAUCUGAUAAAAUUGGACAUAAAACGUGUUUUGUUGAUCUAUCUCUAGUCGCAAUUUUCGGUGGAUAUACUGUAUUGGCGACAAAAUCUCUGUCAUCUAUGUUGACAAUGAAAUUUGUCGCAAUGUUUACCUACUCUAUAACUUAUCUUAUAUUGAUAGUGUUAAUGGGUACAGCAGUACUUCAGAUUAGAUUUCUCAACAAAGCUUUAAAACAAUUCGAUUCAACGGAGGUCAUUCCUAUACAAUUUGUUCUUUUUACAAUCUCUGCGAUUAUAGGCAGUGCUGUAUUAUACAAUGACUUUGCAGAUAUGAAUUUCUGGAAAUUUACUGGAUUUUUUAUUGGAUGUAUAUUAACAUUUGUAGGCGUUUAUUUUAUAACAUCUAACAGAAGCGAAUCUGAAGGAUAUUCACAUCCAGUUCCUAAUAAUUUAUCGAGUGGUUCUGUAAGGAGUAGUAGAAUGGUAGAUCCGUUACGUGCUGUAUUACCUGUCUUUCCUGACGAACUUAAUGGCGGUUCUGGUGAAUUUAAUAGACAGUAUUCAUCAUUUAAUCAAAGUUCAGUUGCUACGGGUAUUCCCCGUAGACAUACAUUAACUGAACCAACAGUUCUUUCCUCGACUCCGCUUUUAAAUGGUUACAGCUCUUUGAGAAAUGACGGAAUAUUAAGAUCAUUAGGAGUUUCCGCAACUUCCUUGACUGCUGGAGUAAGUCAAGCGUUAAAUUCUGUGGGUGCUCGUCAUUCGCAUGCGUUAGGACUAGAACAAGUAUUUGAAAACUAUAAAGGGAUAGGAAAGGAUUAUGGCGCUCAUCGUCGAAGUAUGUCUGUUCCUCCUGGUUUAGUUUCUCGUGGAGUUGAUUAUUCAAAUUAUCAAAAUGGUAGAAUAAGUAGCCCUCUAGCUACGAACGCUGAAGAUGACAGUGAAAGUUUUGGCGCACAGCCAAAAUCUUAUGCUAAUUCAUCUUCGUAUAGCAAUUCUGAAUAUUCCGAUUAUACAGAUACUGCACAAACUGACGACGACGCAAGAACGAUUAGUGGAUGGACUAUUUCAACAAAUGGAAGUAAUAUAGGAAAUUAUAUAGGGGAUGAAAGUAGCACUUAUGAGGCUUUUCCUGGUACUAAUAAUUAUUCUGACGACAUGAGCGAUUUACCAGAUUUGCCUUUAAGGCGAGAUUACGGUGAAUUGUAAUAGAAGUGAAAUGUAAAUUUUUUUGUUCUCCUCAAAAGUUGAGACUUGUUUUAUUAAUUGCCUUAUUUAUCGAUAAAAGAACCUGUCAUUAUAGCGAACUCAUCAAUUCUUUUAUUAACUAUUUAUAUAGGAUCAUUUCAAUUUUUCAUCAAAUAUUUACCAUAUUAUCUUUUUUAUAAACUAUUGGACUUUUUUUUUCUCUAUUUAUUUAUGUAAUAUUUAUUUUUUCAUUUUACAUGAACAAUAUUUAAAAAAUAAUUUUAUAAAU